UCAUCCCUCGCGUGCCUAGGUGCCUGCGACUUUAAUUAAAAAGGCCGUCCCCUCGCCUCGGCUCCAGCACCGCCCCUCGGUUCCUCGCGCCUCAAAAUGAGUAGCUCCCACUCCCGGGCGGGCCAGAGCGCGGCGGGCGCGGCUCCGAGCACCGAGACGCGAGACGCCGAGAUGCCGGCUACCGAGAAGGACCUGGCGGAGGACGCGCCGUGGAAGAAGAUCCAGCAGAACACCUUCACGCGCUGGUGCAACGAGCACCUCAAGUGCGUGAGCAAGCGCAUCGCCAACCUGCAGACAGACCUCAGCGAUGGGCUGCGGCUCAUCGCACUGCUCGAGGUGCUCAGCCAAAAGAAGAUGCACCGCAAACACAACCAGAGGCCCACCUUCCGCCAGAUGCAGCUGGAAAACGUGUCGGUGGCGCUUGAGUUCCUGGACCGGGAGAGCAUCAAGCUCGUAUCCAUUGACAGCAAGGCUAUCGUGGAUGGGAACCUGAAGCUGAUCCUAGGCCUCAUCUGGACUCUGAUCCUGCACUACUCCAUCUCCAUGCCCAUGUGGGAUGAGGAGGAGGAUGAAGAGGCCAAGAAGCAGACCCCAAAGCAGAGGUUGCUGGGCUGGAUACAGAACAAACUGCCACAGCUGCCCAUCACCAACUUCAGCCGGGACUGGCAGAGCGGCAGGGCUCUAGGCGCCCUGGUUGAUAGCUGUGCCCCUGGUCUGUGUCCUGACUGGGACUCCUGGGAUGCCAGCAAGCCUGUGAAUAAUGCCCGUGAAGCCAUGCAGCAAGCUGACGACUGGCUAGGUAUCCCACAGGUCAUCACCCCUGAGGAGAUUGUCGACCCCAACGUGGAUGAGCACUCGGUCAUGACGUACCUGUCCCAGUUCCCCAAGGCCAAGCUCAAGCCAGGAGCUCCCCUGCGCCCCAAACUGAACCCGAAGAAAGCUCGUGCCUACGGGCCAGGCAUCGAGCCCACUGGCAAUAUGGUGAAAAAGCGGGCAGAGUUCACAGUGGAGACCAGAAGUGCUGGCCAGGGGGAGGUGCUGGUGUAUGUGGAGGACCCAGCUGGACACCAAGAGGAGGCCAAGGUGACAGCCAACAAUGACAAGAACCGGACCUUCUCCGUCUGGUAUGUUCCCGAGGUGACAGGGACUCACAAGGUCACCGUGCUCUUCGCAGGCCAGCACAUUGCCAAGAGCCCCUUUGAGGUCUAUGUGGACAAGUCUCAGGGUGAUGCCAGCAAAGUGACUGCACAGGGCCCUGGCCUGGAGCCCAGUGGCAACAUUGCCAACAAGACCACCUACUUUGAGAUCUUCACUGCAGGAGCUGGCACCGGUGAGGUGGAGGUGGUGAUCCAGGACCCCACCGGCAAUAAGGGCACGGUUGAGCCUCAGCUGGAAGCCCGUGGCGACAGCACAUACCGCUGCAGCUACCAACCGAGCAUGGAGGGCACACACACGGUGUACGUCACCUUUGCUGGCGUGCCCAUCCCGCGCAGCCCCUACACAGUCACCGUGGGCCAAGCCUGUAACCCAAGUGCCUGCCGAGCCGUGGGCCGGGGCCUGCAGCCCAAGGGUGUGCGGGUAAAGGAGACAGCUGACUUCAAGGUGUAUACCAAGGGCGCUGGCAGCGGGGAGCUGAAGGUCACUGUCAAGGGACCCAAGGGUGAGGAGCGCGUGAAGCAGAAAGACCUGGGAGAUGGUGUGUAUGGCUUCGAGUACUACCCCACGUCCCCUGGCACCUACAUUGUCACCAUCAUGUGGGGUGGCCAGAACAUUGGACGUAGCCCCUUCGAGGUGAAGGUGGGCACUGAGUGUGGUAAUCAGAAGGUGCGCGCCUGGGGCCCGGGGCUGGAAGGCGGCGUGGUGGGCAAGUCAGCGGACUUCGUGGUGGAGGCCAUUGGGGAUGAUGUGGGCACACUGGGCUUCUCCGUGGAGGGCCCAUCACAAGCCAAGAUAGAGUGUGAUGACAAAGGUGACGGCUCUUGUGACGUACGCUACUGGCCUCAGGAGCCAGGCGAGUAUGCAGUGCACGUGCUGUGUAAUAGCGAGGACAUCCGCCUCAGCCCGUUCAUGGCUGACAUCCGUGAUGCACCCCCCGACUUCCACCCAGACAGGGUGAAGGCCAGAGGGCCUGGGCUGGAGAAGACAGGCGUGGCGGUCAACAGGCCGGCCGAAUUCACAGUAGAUGCCAAGCUUGGUGGGAAGGCACCUCUGCGGGUUCAAGUGCAGGACAAUGAGGGCUGCCCCGUGGAGACGUCUAUCAAGGACAAUGGCAACGGCACAUAUAGCUGCUCCUAUGUGCCCAGGAAACCAGUGAAGCACACGGCCAUGGUGUCUUGGGGGGGCGUGAGCAUCCCCAACAGCCCCUUCCGGGUGAAUGUGGGAGCUGGUAGCCACCCCAAUAAAGUCAAGGUGUAUGGUCCAGGAGUGGCUAAGACAGGGCUUAAGGCACAUGAGCCGACCUACUUCACUGUCGACUGCACAGAGGCUGGCCAGGGUGAUGUCAGCAUUGGCAUCAAAUGUGCCCCUGGUGUUGUGGGCCCUGCUGAGGCUGACAUUGACUUCGACAUCAUCCGCAAUGAUAACGACACCUUCACCGUCAAGUACACACCACGUGGGGCAGGCAGCUACACCAUCAUGGUCCUCUUUGCUGACCAGGCCACACCCACUAGUCCCAUCCGGGUCAAGGUGGAGCCAUCACAUGAUGCCAGCAAGGUGAAAGCCGAGGGUCCUGGCCUCAAUCGCACCGGGGUUGAGCUGGGCAAGCCCACUCACUUCACGGUUAAUGCCAAGAGUGCUGGCAAAGGCAAGCUGGAUGUCCAGUUUUCAGGGCUGAGUAAGGGGGAUUCAGUGAAGGAUGUGGAUGUCAUUGACAACCAUGACAACACCUACACAGUCAAGUACACACCUGUGCAGCAGGGCCCAGUGGGUGUCAGCAUCACCUAUGGAGGAGACCCUAUCCCCAAGAGCCCCUUCUCAGUGGGGGUGUCCCCAAGCUUGGACCUCAGCAAGAUCAAGGUGUCCGGCCUGGGAGAGAAAGUGGAUGUGGGCAAAGACCAGGAAUUCACAGUCAAGUCGAAGGGUGCAGGGGGCCAAGGCAAAGUGGCCUCCAAGGUCGUGGGCCCCUCCGGCGCUGCUGUCCCCUGUAAGGUGGAGCCCGGCUUGGGCGCCGACAACAGCGUGGUCCGCUUUGUGCCCCGAGAGGAGGGGCCAUACGAGGUGGAGGUGACCUACGAUGGCGUGCCAGUGCCUGGCAGCCCUUUCCCAGUGGAAGCUGUGGCCCCCACCAAGCCAAACAAGGUGAAGGCCUAUGGGCCAGGGCUGCAGGGGGGCAGUGCAGGCUCCCCAGCCCGCUUCACCAUCGACACCAAGGGGGCCGGCACAGGUGGCCUGGGCGUGACGGUGGAGGGCCCCUGCGAGGCCCAGCUCGAGUGCGUGGACAACGGGGACGGGACAUGCUCUGUGUCCUAUGUACCCACCGAGCCGGGGGAGUACAGCAUCAACCUUCUUUUUGCUGACACCCACAUCCCUGGCUCCCCAUUCAAGGCCCACGUGCUUCCCUGCUUUGAUGCCUCCAAGGUCAAGUGCUCGGGCCCAGGGCUGGAGCGGGCCACCGCUGGCGAAGCAGGCCAGUUCCACGUGGACUGCUCCAGCGCCGGCAGUGCCGAGUUGACCAUUGAGAUCUGCUCAGAAGCGGGGCUGCCCGCCGAGGUGCACAUUCAGGACCACGGCGACGGCACACACACCAUCACCUACAUCCCGCUCUGCCCUGGCGCCUACACAGUCACCAUCAAGUACGGCGGCCAGCCUGUGCCCAACUUCCCCAGCAAGCUGCAAGUGGAGCCUGCUGUGGAUACGUCAGGUGUCCAGUGCUAUGGUCCUGGGAUAGAGAGCCAAGGUGUCUUUCGAGAGGCCACCACAGAGUUCAGUGUAGAUGCCCGGGCCCUCACGCAGACUGGAGGCCCCCAUGUCAAGGCCCGUGUGGCCAACCCCUCGGGCAGCCUGACCGAGACCUUCGUGCAGGACCAUGGGGAUGGCACAUACAAAGUAGAGUAUACGCCGUAUGAAGAGGGUCUUCACUCUGUGGAUGUCACCUAUGAUGGCAGUCCUGUGCCCAGCAGCCCCUUCCACGUACCUGUCACUGAGGGCUGUGACCCCUCCCGCGUGCGGGUACAUGGGCCGGGCAUCCAGAGUGGCACCACCAACAAGCCCAACAAGUUCACUGUGGAGACCAGGGGCGCCGGCACUGGAGGCCUGGGCCUGGCGGUGGAGGGCCCAUCCGAGGCCAAGAUGUCAUGCAUGGAUAACAAGGAUGGCAGCUGCUUGGUUGAGUACAUCCCUUAUGAGGCCGGCACGUACAGCCUGAACAUCACCUAUGGUGGCCACCAAGUGCCAGGCAGUCCUUUCAAGGUCCCUGUGCAUGACAUGACGGAUGCCACCAAAGUUAAGUGCUCCGGGCCUGGCCUGAGCCCAGGUGUGGUUCGUGCCAACCUCCCUCAGUCUUUCCAGGUGGACACGAGCAAAGCUGGUGUGGCCCCACUCCAGGUCAAAGUGCAGGGGCCCAAAGGUCUGGUGGAGCCAGUGGAUGUGGUGGACAACGCUGAUGGCACCCAAACUGUCAAGUAUGUGCCUAGCCGGGAAGGGCCUUACAGUAUCUCAGUGCUGUACGGGGACGAGGAGGUGCCCAGAAGCCCCUUCAAGGUCAAAGUGCUGCCUACUCACGAUGCCAGCAAAGUGAAGGCCAGUGGCCCUGGAUUGAAUACCAGCGGUGUGCCUGCCAGUCUGCCUGUGGAGUUUACCAUCGAUGCCAAGGAUGCUGGGGAGGGCCUGCUUGCUGUUCAGAUCACGGACCCAGAAGGCAAGCCCAAGAAGACCCACAUCCAGGACAACCACGAUGGCACCUAUACUGUGGCCUACGUGCCUGAUGUGACAGGCCGCUACACCAUCCUGGUCAAGUAUGGUGGUGACGAGAUCCCCUUCUCCCCGUACCGCGUACGUGCUGUGCCCACCGGGGAUGCCAGCAAGUGCACAGUGACAGUGUCAAUCGGAGGUCACGGGCUAGGUGCUGGCAUUGGCCCCACCAUACAGAUUGGGGAAGAGACAGUGAUCACUGUGGAUGCCAAGGCAGCGGGCAAAGGCAAGGUGACUUGCACUGUCUGCACACCUGAUGGCUCAGAGGUGGAUGUGGAUGUGGUGGAGAACGACGAUGGCACGUUUGACAUCUUCUACACAGCACCCCAGCCAGGCAAAUAUGUCAUCUGUGUGCGCUUUGGGGGCGAGCAUGUGCCCAACAGCCCCUUCCAAGUGACGGCUCUGGCUGGAGACCAGCCCACAACACAGCCUGCACUGCGGCCUCAGCAGCUGGCUUCACCAUAUACCUACGCUCAGGGUGGCCAGCAGACCUGGGCCCCAGAAAGGCCCCUUGUAGGAGUCAAUGGACUAGAUGUGACCAGCCUGCGACCCUUCGACCUUGUUAUCCCCUUUACCAUAAAGAAGGGUGAGAUCACUGGGGAGGUGCGGAUGCCCUCAGGCAAGGUGGCACAACCUGCCAUCACUGACAACAAGGAUGGCACCGUGACUGUGCGCUAUGCUCCCAGUGAGGCCGGCCUGCACGAGAUGGAUAUCCGAUACGACAACAUGCACAUUCCAGGAAGCCCCCUGCAGUUUUAUGUGGAUUAUGUCAACUGUGGUCACGUCACAGCCUAUGGGCCUGGACUCACACAUGGGGUUGUGAACAAGCCUGCCAUCUUCACUGUCAACACCAAAGAUGCAGGAGAAGGGGGAUUGUCUCUGGCUAUUGAAGGCCCAUCGAAAGCAGAGAUUAGUUGCACUGACAACCAGGAUGGCACAUGCAGUGUCUCCUACCUACCGGUACUGCCUGGAGAUUAUAGCAUCCUGGUCAAGUACAAUGAGCAGCACAUCCCGGGAAGCCCCUUCACAGCCCGGGUCACAGGGGACGACUCAAUGCGCAUGUCCCACCUGAAGGUGGGUUCUGCAGCGGACAUCCCCAUCAACAUCUCUGAGACAGACCUCAGCCUGCUCACGGCCACUGUGGUACCACCAUCAGGUCGGGAGGAGCCGUGCCUGCUAAAGCGGCUGCGCAAUGGCCACGUAGGAAUCUCCUUCGUGCCCAAAGAGACUGGGGAACACCUGGUACAUGUGAAGAAGAAUGGCCAGCAUGUGGCAAGUAGCCCCAUCCCCGUGGUGAUCAACCAGUCCGAGAUUGGGGAUGCCAGUCGUGUGCGGGUAUCGGGCCAGGGCUUGCAUGAAGGCCAUACCUUUGAGCCCGCUGAGUUUAUCAUUGACACCCGUGAUGCAGGCUAUGGUGGAUUAAGUCUAUCCAUUGAGGGCCCUAGCAAGGUGGACAUCAACACAGAGGACCUGGAGGAUGGUACAUGCAGGGUCACCUACUGCCCCACAGAGCCUGGAAACUACAUCAUUAAUAUCAAGUUUGCUGACCAGCAUGUGCCCGGCAGCCCAUUCUCUGUGAAGGUGACUGGUGAGGGACGUGUGAAGGAGAGUAUCACACGCAGGCGCAGAGCUCCUUCUGUGGCCAAUGUUGGCAGUCAUUGUGACCUCAGCCUAAAGAUCCCGGAAAUUAGCAUCCAGGACAUGAUGGCCCAGGUGACAAGCCCAUCAGGCAAAACCCACGAGGCAGAGAUUGUGGAAGGGGAGAACCAUACCUACUGUAUCCGCUUCGUGCCUGCUGAGAUGGGCAUGCACACAGUCAGCGUCAAGUACAAGGGCCAGCACGUGCCUGGGAGCCCCUUCCAGUUCACCGUGGGGCCCCUGGGAGAAGGGGGCGCCCAUAAGGUCCGUGCUGGGGGUCCUGGCCUAGAGAGAGCUGAAGCUGGAGUGCCAGCUGAAUUCAGCAUCUGGACCCGUGAAGCUGGGGCUGGCGGCCUGGCCAUCGCAGUCGAGGGGCCCAGCAAGGCCGAGAUUUCCUUUGAAGAUCGCAAGGAUGGCUCUUGCGGUGUGGCCUAUGUGGUCCAGGAGCCAGGUGACUAUGAGGUCUCCAUCAAGUUCAAUGAGGAGCAUAUUCCUGACAGCCCAUUCGUGGUGCCUGUGGCCUCUCCGUCUGGCGACGCCCGCCGCCUUACUGUUUCUAGUCUUCAGGAGUCAGGGCUAAAGGUCAACCAGCCAGCCUCUUUUGCAGUCAGCCUGAAUGGGGCCAAGGGGGUGAUCGAUGCCAAGGUGCACAGCCCCUCAGGAGCCCUGGAGGAGUGCUAUGUCACAGAGAUUGACCAAGAUAAAUAUGCUGUGCGCUUUAUCCCACGGGAGAAUGGUGUCUACCUGAUUGAUGUCAAGUUCAAUGGCACCCACAUCCCUGGAAGCCCCUUCAAGAUCCGAGUUGGGGAGCCUGGACAUGGAGGGGACCCAGGCCUGGUUUCAGCCUAUGGAGCAGGCCUGGAAGGUGGCAUCACAGGGAACCCCUGUGAGUUUAUCGUGAACACAAGUAAUGCUGGUGCCGGUGCCCUGUCAGUAACCAUUGACGGGCCCUCCAAAGUGAAGAUGGAUUGCCAAGAGUGCCCCGAGGGCUACCGUGUUACCUACACCCCCAUGGCCCCAGGCAGCUACCUCAUCUCCAUCAAGUACGGUGGCCCCUACCACAUUGGGGGCAGCCCCUUCAAGGCCAAGGUCACAGGCCCCCGCCUCGUCAGCAACCACAGCCUGCAUGAAACCUCAUCUGUGUUUGUGGACUCCCUGAAUAAAUUAGCCAGCAUCCCGCAGCAUGGGCUCCCAGCAGGUGGAGCCGAUGCUAGCAAGGUGCUGGCCAAGGGCCUGGGGCUGAGCAAGGCGUAUGUGGGACAGAAAAGCAGCUUCACAGUGGAUUGCAGCAAAGCAGGGAACAACAUGCUGCUGGUGGGGGUACACGGCCCUCGAACGCCCUGCGAGGAGAUACUGGUGAAGCACAUGGGCAGCCGGCUCUACAGUGUGUCCUACCUGCUCAAGGACAAGGGCGAGUACACACUAGUGGUCAAGUGGGGUGACCAGCACAUCCCCGGAAGUCCUUACCGUGUGCUGGUGCCCUGAGCCCCUGGAAUGAGCAGCGCCCCCGCGCCCCCUCGCAACCCCCUCAUCCUCUGCCCUGGAGUCCCGGCCAGCUGACCGACCCAUCACUGCAGCCGCCCCUGCCCCGUGCUGCGCUCACCUGCCUCCAUAGGGCAAAGGAGAGAGGCGAGCAGAUGUCUUCUUUGGUUGUAGGGGUGAAAGCUGGGGGGGCCCUAUCCCCCCACCCAUUCCCUAGCCAAAAGGAAUAAAGUUCUGCUUCCAUUGUCCUGAGA